GGGCUACGCAGCCUUAAUCGUCCUUCCAGCAGCUCGACUUCACAGCGUCUGAAGACUCAUCCGUCCCCCUAGCGUCUCCCUUUCCCACCCUCUCUGCAGAGACCCCUCAGAGUUCCCUUCGACGGCGGGGGUCCGGAAGCCCAGCCGCGGCGCGUGCCCGCGCUCCGGGCAUCUCGGGCCCCGCGCAUCAUGUGGCGGCGCCCGCCCCCUCCUCCCCACCACCGGCUCGUCUCUCAGGUGACCAUGGAGGCCGGCGGCCUCCCUCUGGAGCUGUGGCGCAUGAUCUUGGGCUACCUGCACCUUCCCGACCUGGGCCGCUGCAGCCUGGUGUGCAGGGCCUGGCAUGACCUGAUCCUCAGUCUCGACAGAACUCGCUGGCGGCAGCUGUGUCUAGGCUGCAUCGAGUGCCGCCACCCCAACUGGCCCAACCAGCCUGAUGUGGAGCCCGAGUCUUGGAGGGAGGCCUUCAAGCAGCAUUACCUUGCCUCCAAGACGUGGACGAAGAAUGCCGCGAUCUUGGAGACCUCUGUCUGCUUUUCACUGUUUCGCCGGAGGAGGACGCGCCGUACCCUGAGUGUCGGGCCAGGCCAUGAGUUUCACAGCCUAGGCAGUGCCCUGGCCAUGGCCAGCCUAUUUGACCGCAUCCUGCUGUUCCCAGGUAUGCAUGAGGAGCAAGGUGAAGUCAUCCUGAAGGUGCCCGUGGAGAUCGUAGGCCACGGAAAGUUGGGCGAGGUGGCCCUGCUAGCCAGCAUUGACCAGCAGUGCUCCACCAUGCAUCUGUGCAACCUCGUCUUCAUGCCGGCCUGGUUCUCACCCUUCAUGUUUAAGACAACUUCGGGUCAUGUCCAGUUUGACAACUGCAACUUUGAGAAUGGGCACAUCCAGGUCCAUGGCCCAGGCACCUGCCAAAUGAAGUUUUGUUCCUUCAAAAACACCCAUGUCUUUCUGCACAAUGUGCCGCUGUGUGUCCUGGAAAACUGUGAAUUUGUGGGCAGUGAAAACAACUCUGUGACUGUUGAGGGCCAUCCGUCCUCAGAAAAGAACUGGGCCUACGCGUAUCUCUUAGGGCUUAUCAAGUCCUCUCCCAGCGUGCUCCCCACAGAGGACUCUGACUCUUUAAUGUCCCUGGACCUGGAGAGCAGGGACCAGGCCUGGAGCCCGAGGACCUGUGGCAUUGUCAUUGAGGGCAGCCAGAGUCCUACCAGCCCAGCCUCUAGCUCCCCUAAGGCUGGCUCACAGGAGGCGGAGGUGGGCAGUGAUGGGGAAAGGGUGGCCCGGACCCCAGACAGCAGCGACGGAGGCCUGAGUCCCAGCGGUGAGGAUGAGGAUGAGGACCAGCUCACGUACAGACUGUCCUACCAGGUGCAGGGCCCGCGGCCGGUCCUGGGGGGCUCCUUUUUGGGCCCCCCUCUGCCGGGAGCAUCCAUCCAGCUGCCCAGCUGCCUGGUGCUGAACUCACUGCAGCAGGAGCUACAGAAGGACAGGGAGGCGAUGGCACUGGCCAGCUCCGUGCAGGGCUGCCUCAUCCGCAAGUGCCUCUUCCGGGACGGGAAGGGAGGCGUCUUCGUUUGCUCCUACGGCCGAGCCAAGAUGGAAGGAAACGUCUUCCGGAACCUGACUUACGCGGUGCGGUGUAUACACAAUAGCAAGAUCAUCAUGCUCAGAAACCACAUUCACCACUGCAGAGCAUCAGGCAUCUUUCUUCGCUUGGAGGGCGGAGGCCUAAUCGCCGGCAACAACAUUUACCACAACGCAGAGGCUGGCGUCGACAUCCGGAAAAAGUCCAACCCUCUCAUUCUGUGUAACCAGAUCCACCACGGCCUUCGCUCUGGCAUUGUUGUCCUUGGCAAUGGGAAAGGCAUCAUCCGGAACAAUCAAAUCUUUUCAAAUAAGGAGGCUGGCAUUUAUAUUCUGUACCACGGAAAUCCGGUUGUCAGCCAGAACCACAUUUUCAGGGGCCAUGCGGCUGGCAUAGCUGUGAACGAGAAUGGCAGAGGCCUCAUCACAGAAAAUGUCAUCCGAGAGAAUCAGUGGGGAGGUGUGGACAUCCGCCGUGGAGGGGUCCCUGUCCUUAGGAGCAACCUCAUCUGCUUUGGCUACUCAGACGGCGUGGUCGUGGGGGACGAAGGCAAAGGCCUGAUAGAAGGAAACACCAUCUACGCUAAUAAGGGCUGUGGUGUGUGGAUGAUGUCGUCCAGCCUGCCCCACGUCACCAGCAACCACGUCAGCUACAAUGGCCUGUACGGAGUGGCCGUGUUCAGCCAGAAGGACGGCUCUGGGGAGUUCCCUGGGGGCCACGGGGCCCAGGAGAGCUUCAGUGAGGACGGGGACGCCAUCCUGUGGGAGACGGAGCUGGAGAAGGAUGAGGACCCGCUGCGCCGGCCGGUCACCGUCGCUCUGGUCGAGUCCAACAGUGUGAAUCAUAAUGGAGCCUCAGGACUCUAUGUCCAGAGUAGUGAGGCGCUGCAUGUCAUCACCAACGUGAUCCACGCUAACGGGGACAGAGGCAUCACUGUGGCCCAGAGCAGCCAGCUCACCCGUGUGGCCAACAACAGCAUCUCCUGCAACCGCCAGAGUGGGGUCAAGGUCGAGGCGCAGUGCAAGGUGGAGCUCCGGGGCAACGGUAUCUAUGACAACAGAGGCCAUGGCAUCAUCACCAAGGGUGACAGCACUGUCGUCAUUGAAAAUGACAUCAUUGGCAACCGGGGCAGCGGGCUGCAGCUCCUGCCCAUGUCCGACACGAAGGUAAUAAAGAACCGGAUCCACUCAUUCCGGGCCUAUGGCAUUGCAGUGCAAGGCCGCGCCAAGGCUCUGGUGCAGGAGAACAUCAUCUUCCAGGGCAAGACCAACAAGACCAUCUUUCAGCAGAUCUCAAACAACCGAGAAUGCAUCAUGCAAAACAACAAGUUCUUGGUCUUCAAGAAAAAGUCUGACACGUGGCGCCUGGCGAACCCACCUGCACGGCCUCACCUUGAAAACUCUCUCCGAGGACCCUCUGCUGCUCAUGGUGGGCAGAAGGUGACAGCCAUGGCGACCAGGAUCACAGCCCAUGUGGAAGGUGGUUACCACAGCAAACGCAGCAUCUUCUGCACUAUCCUGUGAGCAGGCAGAGCCACGGAGUGGGGCGGCUGGGGGCGGUCUGAAGACGUGGGGAAGCCACGUACGCUGCUCUCAGGCUCAGCCCUGCCCAGCCGAGCUAAGUGGAGUGCAGCCUUCGGGAUGAAGAAGUCGUGCUUAUGAAGGCUCCAGGCCCCUCUCUGUCUUCUUACCACCUCCCUGAAAAAAACAAGCUCCCAAGCCUUCUGGGGACUAAGAACAAGGUACCUACAAAACACUUUAAUUCUACAACCCUCAGCAGGAAGGAACUUGGAAUUAUUUUUCAGAAAGAAAAAGGGAACAGAGUUGGGUGGGUUUCCAGUCCCUCGAGCUCUUGUAGAGAUUAUGAAGAGUUGCAAAAAAUCAAUACUGAAACUUUGGUCAGGGUUUGUGUAUUUGAGUUACAGGGAACUGCGUUUUACACACACCAAACCCAGACUCUUCUCAGGGAAGAAAAGAUUUACUUCUAAGGAUGGGAGGUGAUUCUAGUGAGAUGGAAAGAGACAACUGCCCCAGAAUUUUCCCCUUUCCUAGACCCUCCAGGGACACUGCCACACCCUCCCUGCUGCCUGGGGAGGCUGGAGUUGGGUUCGGUUCCUUUAAGGACACAGUUCUCCUGGACAUGGACCUGUGAGGGAGGAAGGGGACUGGGAUACGGAACCCCUCCUGAGAGGCUGCCCAGGGAUGAUAGGGGUGUGCUGGGAACAGGAGGGGGCGUGUGGAGGUUUCCUUCGAGUGGCUCGGGUGUGCAGGCAGGUGCUGGGCUGGACAGCGCAGGGAACCUACCCUCAAGUUGCUCCAAACUCAGGAGGAUGUUCGUCAGCUCAGUGCCUGCUGCACGUACAGGGAGGGUUCAAAUCCCACAAACACACUGAGACCAGCCGCCCUUCCUGAGCACCAGACUGGUGGAGAUGGAGGUGCCUAGGGCCCCCAUCUGUGUCCAUGUUCUCAUGGAGACCACCUGCCUUUACUGACCCGACCGUGGUUUCCCACUCUGUGCCUUGGGUCAUGCUCUCCCCUCCUUGCAGGCUGCACCCACCCUGGUCCCACCCACUCCUCCAGGUUUGGCUCAGGCACUGCCAUCUCCACAGAGCACACCCCGCCCCCCACAUGGCAGUGCUCUGUCCCCUCUGAGCCUUCUCUGCCCCCACACUGUACAUGCUGCCUUGCUUAGGUGUUGUCCCACUCACCUGCCUGUGAGCUUCCUGAGGGUCAUGGUCUGUGUCCCUAGUCCCCAACCCAGGGUCAGUAGCCUGAGUGAAGAGGAAGGCCGGCUCCCCAAGGGCUGUGCUGAACCCAACUGUGAGUAUGUCGGUUCCAGAGCCAGGCAGGCUCAGCCUGAACAGUCACCCCCUCCCCAACCCGGCCCUUCAUGCAGGGCCUUCACCAGCCUGGUAGGUUCAUUGUUGUGCACCUCAGAUGGCUUCCCAGGCUGGUUCUGUUGGGCCCCCGGUGCUGCUCUCCCGGGUGGGCAGGGUGGGGGCUGGAGGGAGCUAGGAGAGCUGGCUUCUCCCUGAGGACUUGGGGCACAAGAGCGUGGGCCCCUCCUAUCCCCAGCACUGUCCUUUGCCCUUACUCUGACCCCAGUGUGAGUCGCUGUGCAAAAUGCUGCCUUUUAUUUUGUAAGAAAUGACUUUUCUGUGCACCAAGUGCUUAUGAAAAUCUCAGCAACCAAAAUAAAGCUCUAUAUUUUAAAAGAGGCACU